AGAUUCAUAAGUCACACCGAAAGUGGUGGGCGAUCCACUGAGCCGAGCCGAACUUCUCACAUGAUGACUUCAAACGAGACACAUUACCUCCCGGCAUCUGUUGGAGAGACCGGAUUUUAAGGCGCUUCGGUCUCCAGGACAGCGGAGAAACAAUGUUCCACCAAGUGAAAAGAGUGAUGACCAUCCUUUUCCUUACUAUGGUUAUUUCAUACUUCAGUUGCAUGAAAGCUGCCCCAAUGAAAGAAGUUAGCAUCAGAGGGCAAGGCAGCUUGGCUUAUCCUGGUCUUCGGACACAGGGGACUCUGGAGAACCUAGGUGGGCCCAAUGAUGCCUCAAGAGGAUUGACGUCUUUGGCGGACACUUUUGAACAUGUCAUAGAGGAGCUCUUGGACGAGCAGCACGACAUCCAGCCCAGCAAAGAGAAUAAAGAUGCAGACUUGUACUCAUCCCGGGUUAUGCUUAGCAGUCAAGUGCCUUUGGAGCCUCCACUGCUGUUUCUGCUUGAGGAGUACAAAAACUACUUGGAUGCUGCAAACAUGUCCAUGAGGGUUCGGCGUCACUCUGAUCCUGCUCGCCGCGGGGAGCUGAGUGUGUGUGACAGUACUAGCGAGUGGGUAACAGCAGCUGAAAAAAAGACUGCCGUGGACAUGUCCGGGGCAACGGUUACAGUUCUGGAAAAAGUCCCGGUUCCCAAAGGCCAACUGAAGCAAUAUUUUUAUGAGACCAAAUGCAACUCCAAGGGUUAUACGAAAGAAGGCUGCAGGGGCAUAGACAAGAGGUACUGGAAUUCCCAGUGCCGAACUACCCAGUCUUACGUGCGAGCUCUCACAAUGGAUAACAAAAAGAGAGUUGGUUGGCGUUUUAUAAGAAUAGACACUUCCUGUGUUUGUACAUUGACCAUAAAAAGGGGAAGAUAGUGGGUUCAUGUUGUAUAGAUUAUAUUGAGACAAAUUUAUCUAUUUGUAUAUAUACAUAACAGGGUAAAUUAUUCAGUAAGAAAGAAAAUAAUUUUAUGGACUGCAUGUAUAAAUGAAGUUUAUACAGUACAGUGGUUCCACAAUCUAUUUAUUGAACAUAUCCAUGACCUAACAGGGAGCAAAAGAGAGAAAAAGAUAUUCAUUUGCGCACAACUUUGAGAGAGAGAAAAUUGCAUUACAUUCCUCUAACAUUGUGGUUUGUUGCCGUUGCCAAGAAUUGAAAACGUUAAAAAAAAGUUUUUAAAAAAUAAAAUUGCAUGCUGCUUCAAUUGUGAAUUGAUGAUGAUAAACUGUCCUCUUUCAGAAAACAAAAAUUGAACCAAAACAUUCCGUUUACAUUUUAGACAGUAAGUAUCUUUAUUCCUGUUAGUAUUAUAUCUGUUUACUGCUUUUAAAUUCUUCUGAUAGCGUUGGAAUUAAAACAAUGUCAAGGUGCUGUUGUCAUAGUUUUACUGUUGAUUUUUUAAAUUAUU